AUGAGCACCGACCUGCAUCACUACCCACCAGAUUAUCCGGCCCGCACUAAUACUUUCUUCUGGCACUCUGGCUCGACGUUUUACCCUCAGGCAGAAGAGACAAUUUUGAGGAUGUCGUCCCCUAAGCAAGACGAGCAGCCCUCAGUGAUCAUGCCAACACCAGUACAGGACCAACCUUUCGUGAUCGACGACGAUGAGAAUGAUGGAGACGACUAUGUUCCGAGCGAUAGAGAUGACGAAGGACCUGCAAUAGACGAACCAUCUAAUCUCUUGCACGACAUCACUCAGAAACCUGCUCCAAAGCGAAAGCGCACCGCAAAGGACAAGGAUAGCACAUCUGGGAAGCCACAGAAAAAGCAAAGAGCAAAGAAAAUACCAACACUACUAUCCAUAGGGGAGCAGAGACUACCCUGGGUGAUGACACCUCCAAAACUCCCUCCAGAAACAGCCGCAAGCGCAGCUAGCAGGACGGCGGCUCAUUAUGAAAGACUGAGGCAAGCUGAGGAAUCGGGGAGGGCACUAUCACCAUCGCCACAGUCUCACCCACCUUUUCAUGGAUCGCGAGCAGUUCCGGUGGUCAAUCCAACCACACAGAAGGCAAAAGACAAAGUGGCUGCGCUGUCUGCAGCGUUGCGGGCACGAGCCGACAACUACACCGUGUUGCUAGAGAAAGGCUCUGCCGUGAUCGGUAAAGAAUCGCAAGCAUGGUUAGAGACUGAGGUCGCCAAUGAAGUUGCACAAUUAGCACGAGUCUUUGAGCCCACGAUCAACGCUCUUGUGCAAGUGAGUGGUAAGGUGCCAGCAGAUACUGGUUCUGGGCCCAGCAUCCAGAUAGUUGCGGACGAUAUCGGCAGGCUUUUCGCCAAUCUGGAAGACUGGGAAGCAAUAGAGGGACGAAAGCUGCUGCUGAAGGCGAAGUUGAUGGCGCAGAGUUUGCAGGGAAUGAUUGAAGACAAAGUGAAACCGGUAUAA